AUGCGAAACUUCAACCUCCACGGCCCCUUGACCGGCGAAACCUGGCCGGAACAACGCGCCAUCCGCGCCUACGUGGCUUUCCACCGAUGGAAAGCCAGCAGGGUCGACUGGACAACGCCAGGCAGCGGGCAACUCCCUUUGCUGACCCGGCGCCUCGACUUCGUCGACCACAUCCCCGUCAGCCGCGGAGUCUACAUCCUGCGCUGCGGGUCGACGUUGCGGAGAGUUGACGAGAUACAGGACAUGCUCAUGCAGAUGGGGUUCACGCUCCGCGGCAUGGGACGGCGGCACGCGAGGGGGGAGAGCGUCGACGAUGGGAAGGUCGGGUACCUGAAGGGGCAUUUCUGGGCUUGGGUCGGAUACCUGACGAAGCUUUGGCGGUGUAUGACGACGGCUGGGAUGCUGGGUUUCAGUUUCUUGGUCGUGAGUGAGGCGGCGGGGUUGCUGCAGGUGGCGGAGGAGGUGGCGGCGUUUGUGAGGGAUAUGGAUUUCGCUGGUGUGGUGUUUUUGAGCGAGGAGUGGGAUGAAGAGGCGAGGGAAUGGACAGAGGCGAUGUUGAGGGAGGAAGAUUGGUUGGCUGAGGGGGCUUGGAGGGAACGGUUCUGUGACAUUCUGCGAGGAAGAGAUACGUUAUAG